AUGGUGGAUGAGGAGAGCCAGCGGUAUCAACAUGUUCUGUGGCGGAAAGAUAGGAAUGAGGAAAUCAAAGAAUAUCAGCUGACAACAGUGACAUUCGGAACAGCAAGUGCCCCGUUCUUGGCCGUAAGAACCUUAAUGCAGAUUGCGAAAGAAUGCGCGGAUACGAAGGUGAAGCAAAUAAUUGAAGAAGAUUUUUAUAUGGAUGAUCUUCUUACGGGGGCAGACACAAUAGAAGAGUGUCUCCAGCUUCGAUUCAAAAUAUCAAGGCACUUAGAGGGUUAUGGAUUCCAUCUCAGAAAAUGGUGUUCAAACAAUGAACACAUUGUGAAAUCAUCGAAAGAAGACAAGGAGAACGAAAUAAUAAACAUCAAUGAAACCACUAAUGUAAAAACCCUGGGACUUCAGUGGAAACCGAAGGAAGACGAAUUUCGAUUUAAAAUAUCGGAAUACCCAGCGGAGAGUACAACAAAGAGGCUGGCUUUAUCAUAUCUAGCAAAAAUAUUUGAUCCGCUUGGGUUGCUGACACCAGUCAUAAUAACGGCGAAGUUGUUUAUUCAGAGUUUAUGGUUGCUAGAGAUGCAAUGGGACCAGAAAAUCGAUGGAGAUUUGGAGAUCAGCUGGAAAGAAUUCGUGACACGUAUUUCGUCUCUACAAGACGUUAAGAUACCUAGAUGGCUAAACUCUUCAUCCGAAAGUAAAAUUAAAAUUUUGGGAUUUGCGGAUGCAUCAGAGAAGGCCUAUGCAGCAGUGGUUUAUAUUAAAACCGAUAAAGGAGUUUCCUUGAUGGCUGCAAAAAGCAAAGUAAACCCGAUUAAAAACAAAAAGACGCUUCCGAAAUUAGAGCUGUGUGCAGCCUUCCUAUUGGCCAGGCUGCUAAAUAGAAUAAUUAGUGUGGUCAAAGCCGAAUCGGAAGUUUAUGCCUGGAGUGACUCCACAAUUACACUUGCUUGGAUUGAAAAUAACAAGAGCAAAGAUAAAUUUAUAAGGUCACGAGUAACCGGCAUAAAAAAUUUGGUAUCUCAGGCGCAGUGGCGGAAUGUAAAGUCAAAAGAGAAUCCAGCAGACUUGGGGUCAAGAGGCGUGUCCCCAGAUAAACUUGUAGACUCAAAGCUAUGGUGGGAAGGUCCCCAGUGGCUGCUGUUGCCGGAGGCGGAAUGGUCUCUAACCCCUCCAGAAUUGAAGACAUGCGCUUCCACGGCUUCCAAGGAAGCACCUACCUUAUUGAACGAUUUGAUAGAAAGGUAUUCAUCAUAUGGAAGACUUCUAAGAGUUUACUCUUACAUCUUGCGGUUUGUUGAAAAACUGAAGGGAACCCGAUCCUUCCCGUCAUAUCUAACGAGAGAGGAGUUGUUAAAGGCGGAGAAAUACAUCGUUAAAGGUCAUCAGAAGAUAGAAUGGCCAAGUGAGGUACAAAAACUAAGAGAUAACAGACAGAUGGAUCAUCGACACAAGCUGGCUAAUUUGCACCCGUACCUAGACGAAGAGGGGGUUUUAAGAGUUGGAGGUCGACUUCAGUACUCUGAUUUGCAGCUAGAUCAAAAACAUCCUAUGAUCAUUCGAAAAUCACGGCUGGCCUAUUUAAUUAUACGAGACACCCAUUACAAGACGAUGCACGGAGGAAAUCGCCUAGUAGAAUGUACCGUGAUGACGAAGCUUAGAGAUGUCCAGAAAACAAAUGUCGAUCUAAGGGGAAAUUUGAAAAUAAAUAGUCAGUAUAAAUCUAGCAUCAAAGAAGUGCAGCAGCAAUUACAAUCAUCGGCAACAGCAGCCUAUGAAAAGUACGACACUCUAUACGGAUAA